AUGCGCAAGUUCAGAUGCGACAAUUUGACCCUUGAGACUUCACCCACAAGCUCAAAGUCCACGGCUAUAGAACCAAAAUCACUGGUCGCAGAAUUGCAAUCCCUCCGCCGGAUUGUCUCGGAUAGUGAAUAUCGCAUAUACGAUGCCAUUUUCAGCUGGCUGCAUGGCUUACUGACCUCAACCGAACCUGUCUCCCAAACAGCACAUCCGAAGUCGUUGCUAGGAAUGUGUCUUCGCAGGAUACCAGAUGCGAUUGCCGUGAUAGAGCAAUGGGAUCGUCAGACUGCGGCAAAGGAAGGGAAAACUUUCAAGUGGCAAUCAUCUAAAGCAUCUGCAGAACUCUACGAUCAACUCGAGGGGUUUGGUACUUCGAGUCUGGGUUGGAAACCCCUCAAGAUUGUUGUCCGUGCGCAUGCUCUAUGUCUUUUGGCAACUGCUGUGACAGAAGGUCUCCUCGAACCUCCGUUUGUACGACUGUUGGCCGAUCUCUGUCUCAGUCUUGACUGUAAGGCAGAAGCCGCGAGACUUGUCUUAAGCCUGAGACUUCCUUUGGCAGCACCUCGUGGUACGUCAAGCACCUUGAUCGAGAGCAGUACGGUCCAGCCUCUGGGUGUUAUAGUAAGAAGCUUGCAAGGUCGGGGAACAAUCGGCCCAUCGUGGGACUGUCUCUCGAACCUUAUCAACACCAAGAAGUUAUCUCUGACCUGGCUGACAUCACGGGCGUUUCAGUCAGUAUGGAUGCGAGGAAUUGAGAUCCUGCUACAUUCCAGAAAACCUGUUCCCUCAGUCGUUGAGUUUAUGUGUAAGGCUCUGGACCAGCUUCUGUUGGACAGUGGUAAAGCGAAUGAGAUAGAACAGCCUACAGAAGAUCAGACACUGAUCAGUGUUCUGGCCGCAAUGACGGCAGCGAUAUGGACAUUGGGUGUUGAUAUGAGUGAUGAAGAACCUUGGAAAACUCAUGCCAUUCGACGACUACUCUUCACACUCGAAAUGUGCAUCACACAGCAACGAACUCGUCGUGGGGCGUUUCGAAGCAGCGGAUUUUUGACACUCGUUUUAGCCCGAUUCUUGGCCACGAGUUUGAUCGACGGGAAAGUGGGCAGUUUAUCAGCGAGGAAUCUGGCGAUUUAUGACUGUAUGAAACCGUUGACAGCCAGAAACGGCUCACCAACUAAACCUCAGUACCGACAAACUCUCUUGCUGGCUUGCUCUGUUGCACAAUACCGGGGCCAAGCAUGUGGCCUGGCUUGCCACGACGUCUUGUCUGAGAUUCGUACACGUUUAAAUGAAUUGAGGCUGCCUGGUUGGUUUCAAGAAGGUCUGGUGUCUGACGGGGCGUUUGUUUUGGCACAGAAAACGAGGGACCUCCGAGAUGUUGCUUUUGCUGAAAGAUUUCCCACGGCUGGCAAGGGAGUCGUCGAAACAAGCACGAUGUUCUCGGGCUGGAAGUGGGAGGAAGGGAUCGGCGAAUGGGUCCUCCCCAGCCCCGGCAAGGAACGAGAAAGCGAGCUGAGACAGCAAGACCAAAGUCGAGACGGAACGAGCUACAGAACAGGCACAGAUCGACAACCAGAUAGUCGAGCCCGGACGACAGGCCUGAGUGGGAAGACGGGCCGCAAUCUCAGGCGCAGAAACGACCAAGAUAGCUCGGUAGGAAGUGACAAGGAUGCUGGCAAUCAUGAUGAUACGGACGACACCGACAGGGAGGAUGAGAAUGAUACGAGCGCAACCAGCGUUACGGAUAUUGACGAAGAGCAAGACAGCGGAGAUGAGCUUGGCGAGUGUGCACAGACGAUGGACUACAGCCCCAGGAAAACAUUGGGACGAACGCAUGGUAUUAACGACAGCGACAGAAGCAGUAGCGGAAAUACCAAAACAGUGAAGAGAGUCAAGCGCUUGGAUAUUGCAAGGACCUGGCAGGAAAACAGGCCUGAUAGAGCCGCUGUAGGAACAUCAUUGGCAGAGCCUGGAGAGGACGAUAUGGAUGACGAACUCAGUAUACUUUGA